GAGGAGGAAAAGGCGGGGACGGCCGCUCUCUCUCGGGCGAGCGCUCAUUGGUCCGCGCGGCUUUGUACUUGCUCGAGGAUAACGCGGGGGCCCUCGAGUUUUGAGAAGAAUGCGCUGCUUCCUUCAAAUAGGUGCUGUCUCGUGGGUUGUCCCGUCACUUGCGUUCCGUGUCCGGCCCAGGAUGCUUGCCGGACUCGUCUCGUAGCGCGAUCCCAGUGAAUAGCGUAGUUCGUCGACGUGCUCGUCGUAGUCUACCCGAGAGACGUAGCAAGCAUGCCUUCGUCGUGUGCACGGCCCGUCGGUGGCGGCGGCGCCUCCUCGCUGGCGGCGACCUCGCUCCUGCUGCUACUUCUGGCGCCCGCUUGUCCGGCGGUCACGGACUCCGGACGCAUGUGCGAGCCCAUCCGCAUCGAGAUGUGCAAGGAUAUCGGAUACAACGUCACCGGGAUGCCCAACCUGGUCGGCCACGAACUCCAGCAAGACGCGCAACUGCAGCUUCAGACCUUCAAGCCGCUCGUGCAGUACGGAUGCGCGUCCCAGCUCAAGUUCUUCCUCUGCUCCGUAUACGUGCCCAUGUGCACCGAGAAGGUGGCCCAGCCUAUCGGACCGUGCAGGCCCCUCUGCGAAAGUGUCCGUACCAGGUGCCAACCCGUGCUCCAGGAGUUUGGCUUCCCGUGGCCCGCGGCGCUCAACUGUUCCAAGUUCCCGCCACAGAACAACCACCGACACAUGUGCAUGGACGGACCGGCUCCCGAAGAGAGUGAGCGCUUUCGGGACGGAUUCCGGCCCAAGCCUCCGCGCCUCAGCCGCAAGCCCCUGCCGCCCCCGGGUGCCGAUCGGGCUCGCCUGAGGGGCCUGUGCGACGCGUACCACCACGGCGACCGCUACUUCUUCUUCAUCAACCGCACCGAACGCUGCGCGCACCUGUGCGACCGGGACAUCCUGUUCACACAGGAGAACAAGCGGUUCGCCGAGAUCUGGACCAGCGUGUGGGCCUGCCUGUGCUUCCUGUCCACCUUGUUCACGCUGGGCACCUUCUUCGUAGACUCUCGGCGGUUCCACUACCCGGAGCGCGGCAUCAUCUACAUGAGCGGAUGCUACAACGUCUACUGCGUGGCGUACUUCGUCCGUCUGCUGCUGGGCCGCUCUAGCGUCUCCUGUCACCUGGACAGCCAGCACGAGGUGUCCAUCCUGAUCCAAGAGGGGGUGGACAACAUCAACUGCACUGUGGUCUUCAUGCUGCUCUACUACUUCGGAAUGGCCAGCGCCACUUGGUGGGUUGUGCUCACCGUCACCUGGUUCCUGUCGGCAGGGCUUCGCUGGAGCCACGAACGCGUCCAGAAGCACAUGACUGCCUUCCACUUCUUUGCCUGGGUCCUGCCGGCCGUCCAGACCAUCGUCAUCCUGGUCAUGCGCGUGGUCGACGCGGACGAACUGACCGGCACGUGUUUCGUGGGCAACCAGAACAGGCACGCGCUCCUGGGUUUCGUGGUCCUGCCUUCCAUCGUCUACCUCCUGGUCGGCGCCAUCUUCCUCGCCUGGGGAAUCGUGACCAUGAUGCGAUCCAGAGACAGUCUGGGCCACGCGCCCAAGGCGGACAAGCUCGAGAUCAUCAUGAUCCGUGUGGGCAUCUUCGCGGUCCUCUACAUGGUCCCCGCUGCCUGUGUGCUGGCCUCUUACAUCUACGAGUACUCAUACCGGGACGAGUGGCUGGCGGCCGGGUCGGCCUUUAGACCUAACCUGGAGGUGUUCACGCUCCGCAUCUUCAUGUCGCUCGUCGUGGGCAUCACGACGGGGUUGUGGACUUGGUCGAGUCGGGUGCCACUGGCGGCGUGUCGACGACCUAUGGUGCCGCAGUACAUCGACCACAAGCCCUUGCACGGCCCGGUGUUCACGGCGCAUCACUACCAGCACCAGCCCAUGUUGAAACGGACUGCGACCAUCGACAAGCCCAAGAGGGUGCUCAGGGCGAAAGGUGGUUCAGAAACGACCGUUUGACGCUAGGGUUCUCGCUGAAUGCCGCUGCGGGUGCGUGCCCCCUAAUGUGUCGCGACUGGAUGAACUCUGCAUUCCGUGUGGUGUUCGCACGAAACGUGACCCAUUGGAUAACCUCCGCGAGUUCCAGGACUGCUUCGACGACAGUGCCGCCAAGAGAAAUGGACGCCGGUGCCGGCAUUCAGCGAGACCUCUUGGAACUGUCUACGAAAACCUCUCGUAGUUGUACAUUACUGUAAAGUGGAAAGGACUGUUUGUACAUAUUGUAUCAUAGUUCCCGAGAUUUUGUAUUUAAACUUUUAAAGUCAUCUGUCGGACGCUAAGGUCCUCACACUGCAUGCUAAAGCGACUGGCUUCGAGCCUGUGCAAAGAAAACGUUGGUUAUGUACAAACUCCCAUUUCAUUGUGUUGUACAAGCUCUUGUUCAUGUGACGAAAUACAAGCUAUACGUAUAUUUGCGUUCAAAGAAACAAA